AGGGGCGGGGGGGCGGCGACCGCGGCGCGCGCCCGCGGGCGCCUUCGGCCGCCCGAAGGCCCUGCCAGGGCCCCGCCGUGGGGGCGCCCCUCUCGCCGCCCGAUUGGCGGCCGAGUGCGGCCCCGCCGCCCCGGCGCGCGGCCAUGGCGGAGGAGAAGAACCCGCUCUCGGAGGCGUCGAUGCAGGUGCGCGAGUGCCUCGACCUGCUGACCCUCCAGGACCGCGUGAAGCGCCUCGAGCAGGAGAAGAAGGACCGGGGAACUGAGAGUGAAUAACUCCAUCUUGCAGACGCAGUACCAGUCCCAAUGCGAUACGCAGGUGGAGAUGCUCAGGAGACGAUGCACGCCAACCUCGACGAGAACUACAACAAGAUCGAGGAGUCGGAGGCGAUGAUCAUGCAGCUGGAGCAGAAGCUCGAGGACCAGGAGCAGGCGUUCAAGGACAGGCUGGAGGAGGAGCGCGCACAGUGGGAGCGCCAGAUGGACGGGCUCCGGAGGCAGAAGGACGACCUGGAGGAGAAGCUGGAGAAGGUCGCCGACUUCCGCAAGAACAAGGAGAACAUGGAGACCGAGCUCGAGAGCCUGAAGAACAAGCUCCGGGAUCAAGCCGAGGAGGCACCGAAGCGCGGUCAGCGCCUUCGACCGCCAGAAGGCCAUAGACAUCGACCAGCUCAAGAAAGACAUGCAGCGAACGGUGAAGGAGACGAGGGAGAUGCUGAAGGCGCGCACGAAGGACCAACUCGACCAGACUACCAAGCGCACCAUCAUGGAGAACGAAUGAACACGGAGCUCGCCUUCCAGAGCCGCGAGACGGAGCGCCUGCUCGAGAGGAACAAGUCCUUGCUGGAGGAGAACGCGCAGCUCAGGCGAAAUCUUCACAUCCACAAGGACCUGGAGAAUGAGCUGGCCCGGCGCACGCACGUCUACCAGAAGCUCAUCAAGAAGAUGGACCAGAAGCAGAAGGCCGAGGCGGCCUCGCGAGAACAGUCCCGGGAGUACCGCAUCAUGAGCAACGGCCCGGAGGACAGACCCUGCAGCGAGAGGGGCGAGUGGAAGGUGCAGCAAGAAUUCGUCAAAGACGGCAGUGCAUAA